CUGAAUGUUAAAGACGCAUUGACCUAUCUGGAUCAAGUCAAGAUUAAGUUCUCGGACCAGCCCGAGGUUUACAAUAAGUUCCUUGACAUUAUGAAGGACUUCAAGAGCCAAGCGAUCGAUACGCCUGGAGUGAUCGAACGUGUUUCAGGACUUUUUAAGGGUCAUCCUUCUCUGAUCUCUGGCUUUAAUACAUUCCUUCCACCUGGAUAUCGUAUCGAAUGCUCUACUGACGAAUGCUCACGAGAUGCACGGCGUCCUCCGGUAGAAUUUAAUCAUGCAAUUAACUAUGUUAAUAAAAUAAAGAACCGAUUUGCAGGAGAUCCAGACACAUACAAACAGUUUUUGGAAAUUUUACAAAUGUACCAAAAAGAUCAAAAACCAAUACAAGAGGUCUAUACUCAGGUCCAAGUAUUGUUUGACGGAGCCAAUGAUCUUUUGGAUGAAUUUAAACAGUUUUUACCC